CUGAGCGUGAUCAUCACCCAAUUCUUCGCCCACGUGUAUUUGUUUUUUUUGGUCAAAAUUCGUCAUAAAAUCUUUUGUCCUGGGUCGUUCAAAUGAUGACAUAUUCUUGAUUCUCAAUUUAUGGCCCACUUGAUACACAACGCUGAAUUAGAUAGAAAUGGGCGACGAAUGGUCUCAAGGAAUCAAUUGGUUUCAGUACAUGGCGAGUUCAUCGUGUGGGAAGAACUUCUUCUUCUCUAAAAGCAGUUUCGAUCAGUAUUCGGCCAAAAAAAGUUUUGAAGAAUCUUUGGAUGAAAGGAUUGCUGAUAUCACCAAAUAUAAAUCGAACGAACCUGUUGAACAGAAUGAUGCAAAGUUUCCUGAACCUGUUUGUGCAGCCAGUCAUUGCAGUGACACCCAUGAAUUACCAAAGACAAAAGAGACUUGCAAAUGGAAUCCAGCUGAAAGUGCCCCCAAAAGUGCCCUCCAUGAGAAAAAAGGUGGUCUGCCUCCAGAGAAAAAAGUGUUUUCCCCUCCUGAGAAAAAAGGUGUUACCAAGGAGUCGGAUCAGGAUGCUGUUAGCUGGAAGCAGCAUCGACUCAAGAUAACUACCAGGCCAGACUUGGAUAAGCCGGGAUCAAGACAGACGAGACCAGACAUGAAUGUCAUUUCAGAAACACCCUUCAAGUAUUCAUACUUGGCUCCUCUGAAGAAUCCCCGGAUACCAUAUCCAAGGGAGUCCAGCCUCACUCAUGAAGAACACAAGAGAUACCUUGAGCUGUUCACACAUUUUGUGGCCUAUGUACCAAGUAAUCCGACUCCAGCAGAAAUCAAAGAUAUUCUCAUUUUCAAAGAGCUUCAGAUGAAGGUUGGUGCUGAGCAAGAAGAGUUCAUGAAGUAUCUGGAGGAGGCAGCGGACAAGUGUAUUGAAGACUAUGUUCACAUUCAGCCAGAGGCGCGAGAAUUUAGUGAGGCACUUCUGACAACAAGAUUGAAGCGCUCCUCUCACUAUCCUCGUCUUUACUUCCCCUCGGAGACGAUAUCACUCCAACUGAAGAGACCAUUUGAUGCCUCCACUGCUCCGGUCCUAUCAUGUCAAGCAACACUUCUCCAACUGGGUCCAACACCUAAAGUGGUCCUGCCCACGAUCUCACACCAGACAAAGCCGAAAGCUUCUCUUGAGUAUGACAAGUUAUGUAAACGAUAUCCACCGAGGGAACUCAGCGAGGGAAAGACAAAGGCAUGGAGCAAGGAGGAUCUGAGCUCUGAUGUGAAUGCCGAGAAACUCGCAAUACAAUAUGGCGCGGAUGUUGUCCUGUCAGCAGGUGGCGUGACUUGCAUCAUGAACAAUCAUGGCCCGGCGUACGAACGGGAUUGGGAGAUACCAAUUGUCAUCAAGGAAUAUGUUGUUGAUGAAAAUGGCAAGAAAGUUCCAAGGAAAGUUGUAUUCAUUGAUAAACCAUUAGUCCCCAAGACUGUGUGUGCUAGAUACUUGAAUACACUCUACCAUAAAUACGCUCUGAAGGCUACACUGAUACAUCAACAGAGCAAACCACCGGCCAAGUUUAGAACAAAGGGAAAAGAUGUUGAAAGAAGUAAAGACAAUCCUGACAUGCCUGAUAAUUACGAGGCGCUGGAGUCGUACGCCAUCGAAGACCUCGAGACGUUUGGGACAGAUAAAAUCAACAUUGGUUCAAAACCGACAAGUGUAAAGGAAGUGAAGAAAGAUCAAGUUGAUUUAAAAAAUCUGGCGAGGACAUUGUUUUGUGGGAGAUCAGGGUCAGGGAGUGAGAGGGGGAAAGUUGGUGGGGAUAUUGAUCCUUUGUCAGGUAGGAACAGCUGUGAGGAAGGAGCCAUGGAACUUGGUCCCUCAGUGACCCCGCAUGCCGGUGUGGACCAGGUGGUUACUGAUCAGGGUGGUGUAACCAAAGAAGGUGCUGAUCAUGAUUCUCCACAGAGUCCAGACAUGGAGUCUCCGCAGAGCCCGGAAUCUAAACACAAUGAUUCACCACAGAGUCCCGAUUCUAGGUGUAUCGAGUCUCCUACGAGUCCUACCUCACAUGACCAAGCUGUGGUUGAUCUGGACAGACGAUCUCCCCUAAGUCCUUCUGCUGAAGCUCCAUUGAGCUCACGAGACUUGUUCUUGUCUGCUCCCAGGAUCAUCCCUGUGGAGAGAAUAGAGAGUGAGACUAAAAAGACAUUGAGAGGCACAGAGGUGUUUCUUGGUGAGGGUUCAGGGGCUCAAGGAAGGGAUGCCACGUCAGAAACUGAUGGCAAUCUUGUUGUUCUGGAUGACAAUGAGAAAACUGAUGUGUCUUUGAGCAGAGCAGAUGAGAACAAGGCUAAAGGUAGAAAAUGCCCAGUACGGAGAUCAUUGCGAGGGAGCAAUGUUGAUAUUAAUCUGUGUGUGGGAACGAAAGCUUUUGUUGAAGAUGGCAGUAGUGAGGAGAGUCCAAUGAGAAGAGCUCGACAGAGUACACAGAGCUCACCUGCUAAAGGUGAAACAAAUGUGUCAAGGGUAGCAGAUACAGAGAGUGACGAGGAUCUUGGUUUAGUUAUGGAUGUAGAAUCUGAAGAUAAUGCUAGUCCACCUCGACGACAGACACGCCAAAGGGCUAGGAGGAGGAGGAGAUCACGGAACAAUGAUGGUCUUUUAGACAGCAGUGACAUUCAUUCAAGUGCUGUUACAGAUGAACUUGAAACACGACCAAGAAUUACUCGAUCAACAUCAGCUGUUGAUAUGAAAUCUUCUGCUACUGGGUCAAGGUCACUGAGAUGUCGUGCGCAUGAUAACAGUGAUGAAGCUGUGACUACAGUUACGUCACCGAUGGCUAAAGGUAGAGUAACGAGAGGCAGGCAGUCCCCAGUGUCGACUUCUGAGAUGGAAUGUGGUCUCCUCUCGUCUGGUAAGAAGAGACAGUCUGUUGCAGAUCAUGGCAGGGAGAUUCCAAAUAAACGGUCGACUAGGAAUUCUGGCCAGGGUCUACCACCAACACCACCUCUUGAUCUUCCUCAGCCCAGAAAGAGAGGACGACCCAGGAAACACACACAAGAGACACCCACAAAACAAUCACAUGGUGUUAUGGAGGAGAUAAUCCAUAUGCAGGUCGGAAAUGAAAAGUCGGCUGCAGAUAUUAUGAGCUCUGAUGAGACCAAGGGUCCUGGGAUGCCUCCUGAGGGUAGGAAGCUGUUACCUCAUGUUACCAUGAUUACACAUUAUGAUGAUGUUGCCUUGGAAAUGGAUAAUAACUCUGUAGGAGAGAAGUCAGUUGAUGAGCGUGUAAUUGGGUCAAGAUCUGAGAGGGAUGGUGCCGAGAAUAAACCAGAGAGUUCAAUGACCUUGCACAUUACAACAAAAGGUCAAGAGAAUGUCAAAAUCAAUAAGAAGGUGAAAUCUGAAAACUCUUCAACAACAUUGGACGCCAUCUUGAAUCUCCAGCAGCAGAUGCUGCGGCCCGGAGAGAAGAUGAAUCAAGAAGCUCAACAGAGAGACAGACAGACAUCAGUCCAGCAAACGCGGCCGUGUUCCCAGGAUAAUAAUGCCACCUACAGGUUGUGGUCACUGGCUGAUCUGAACUUGAUCAUCCGUACGAGUGAUCAUGGUUUCCUGAGAGACCCAUCCUCCCUCAAGGCAAAACCAGUGUAUCUCUUCCCAAAGAUGGAAUACCAGCCGAUGUUUGGAGUCGAGCAAGUUACCGUCAGUGAACAGGCCAAGAUGUGGACGUCAGCAUUCUUACGUCUCAACUGUAACAUUAUCAGAGCACGUAUUUGUGCAUUCACGUCAGAGAUCAUGAUGCUCGAGGAUGUGGAGCCCUCCAAGAUCUUGCCCCCGAGGGGGAUGUUUGAACCAGGUGUAGCCAUGCAGAAGUUACAUACGGUAUUGGACAAGGUUGUGUCACUGCCCCCUGGUGUGCACAUCUUGAAGCAUUCACCCGGAGAAUCACACGCCCAGAUUCUACAACAUAUUCUCUCUAAAAAAAGUGGUUCAUACGACCUUCACCAGUCAUACAUCAUCGGUGAUCUCCAUGAUGACGACGAUCCUGUCAAAUGGGUACCGCUCGAUCCAAAUGUUAUCCUGCCGUUUCAUCGCUGGUUGUAUAGGAUUCCUGCCACCUUCAAACCAAAAGGAGGCCUCAUCAACUUCUCAACGAAGAAAUACGAUAAUACUCUCGGCAAAGUGGUCAAGAAGAUGAAGAAAUCAAGGGGAAAGAAGAAGAAACAGUGAUUGGUUUUCUGGUGAAUAGAGACAAUAAUCAUGAGAGAACAAGGUGGAUUUUCAUAUAGUAUAUCUGAAAAAAUGGAUGCCAGAUAUUUUGUGAGUGAAUUGACUGCCCUCUGUAAAUGCUGCUGCGUUACUCUUGUGGUUAAACCUAUUGUACAUUAUACAUGUAAGGAAGGAUGAAACUAUCAUGUUGUGAAAAACUGACAUCUGUGAAUGAAGCUUUUCUGUGGUCACUUACGACUAUCUCUUUUGUUCAAAUUACAUGCAGAUACUAGGACCGGUCCACCCAGGUGCUACAUGGUAUGUGGACUGGCAGCUGAUGUUCCUAUCUAGGUAGGGUAGAUACCUUGAUCAGAGACUUUGGUCACUCACUAGCAUGUCAACAUACUGUUGUUGAGCAAGCAAUGAACUGCAUAGCAGUGUGGUGUCAUUUUCCUGUUUGAAUAUGAGGCUCAUUUGUGAUUGGAUGCCAGCCUGGUCCUUGGCCACUAUACACUCACUUGCACCUUUAGUUUGCCAUUUCUAUUUCAUAUUUGAUUGAAGAAUUGGCUCGCUUGCUUAUCAAUAUAGAUGCAGUGCAUGCCACACCUGCCAACCCAAUCACAAAACCUGCACUGAAAUAUGAAACUUGCCCAACAAAGGAAUGUCUUCAUGGAAUGACUGGGCUUGGUCGGAACAUUGGAGCCGUUGGUCAUGUGUGGUCAGACAUCCCUGCUGUCUUCCAUCAUGUCACAACCUGAUGUGCUCUGAUGAGACAUCCCUGCUGUCUUCCAUCAUGUCACAACCUGAUGUGCUCUGAUGAGACAUCCCUGCUGUCUUCCAUCAUGUCACAACCUGAUGUGCUCUGAUGAGACAUUCCUGCUGUCUUCCAUCAUGUCACAACCUGAUGUGCUCUGAUGAGACAUUCCUGCUGUCUUCCAUCAUGUCACAAGCUGAUGUGCUCUGAUGAGACAGUCCUGCUGUCUUCCAUCAUGUCACAACCUGAUGUGCUCUGAUGAGACAGUCCUAGUGUCCU